GCUGUUGGCUCAUCUCUUAGUGCCUGUUUCCUCCUUGUCAGUCCCGGAAGCCGCUGAACCCCCGGCCAGGCCUGGCUGCGCUGAGUGCGGCCGCCCACCUCCUCCUGCGUGCGGCUUCUUGCCGCCUCCCUAGCCCCGGGCUUAGGGGCCUGCUAACUCGAAACCCCGGAGCCAUGCCGGGUCCGCAGGCCGGGAGCAAAGCCCGUGUGUAUGCCGAUGUCAACAGCCUGAGAAGCCGCGAGUACUGGGACUAUGAAGCGCAUGUUCCCAAUUGGGGAAACCAAGAAGAUUAUCAGCUGGUUAGAAAGCUUGGACGCGGCAAAUACAGUGAAGUGUUUGAAGCUAUAAAUAUCACCAACAAUGAGAGGGUCGUGGUUAAGAUUCUGAAGCCUGUGAAAAAGAAGAAGAUAAAGCGAGAGGUGAAGAUCCUUGAAAAUUUGCGUGGUGGUACCAACAUCAUCCGACUCAUAGACACCAUUAAGGACCCUGUGUCCAAGACUCCAGCCCUUGUUUUUGAAUACAUCAAUAAUACAGAUUUUAAGCAGUUGUAUCAGAUUCUAACGGACUAUGAUAUCCGCUAUUACAUGUAUGAGCUUCUCAAGGCUCUUGAUUACUGCCAUAGUCAAGGAGUUAUGCACAGAGAUGUGAAACCACAUAAUGUCAUGAUUGAUCACCAGCAAAAAAAGCUCAGAUUGAUAGACUGGGGCUUGGCAGAAUUUUACCAUCCAGCACAGGAAUAUAAUGUCCGUGUAGCAUCACGAUAUUUCAAGGGCCCCGAACUGCUGGUGGAUUACCAGAUGUACGAUUACAGCCUAGAUAUGUGGAGUUUAGGCUGCAUGCUGGCCAGUAUGAUCUUCCGGAAGGAACCCUUUUUCCAUGGACAGGACAACUAUGACCAGCUUGUCCGCAUCGCCAAAGUUUUGGGUACAGACGAGCUGUAUAGCUAUUUGAAGAAAUACCACAUAGAGCUGGACCCUCAUUUCAAUGACAUCCUGGGACAACAUUCAAGGAAACGCUGGGAGAAUUUCUUACACAGUGAAAACAGGCACCUGGUGAGUGCAGAGGCUCUUGAUCUGUUGGAUAAGUUACUGCGCUACGACCACCAGCAGAGACUGACUGCACGUGAGGCCAUGGAACACCCAUACUUUUAUCCUGUUGUAAAGGAGCUGCAGGCUCAGACAGACAGCACUCUGCUUCCUGGCAGUCUGUCAGCAGCUCGAUGAGGACUGGGGACUUGUGGUCUUUAUAUCUUUCAUGUUCUCAGGAAAUCGCUGCUGUUCUCACCAUGUUUCCGUGAGCAGAACCAGACGACGCACUGGAGCAAAUUCUGCUAGUGGCCGCAGUGAACAAGGGCAGCACAGGGGCAGUUGUAUCUGCUGGUCCCAAGAUCAUCAUAACCCAGAACGCCUCCUCACUUUACUAACCCAGACACCUUGAUGGACAGGUUUUCUGUGCUGACCAUCUGCAUCUGCAGAGACACAUCCACUUAUAGAACCUGUGCACUCAGAUGUUUGACUGAGGGGCCCAAAGCCAGGCCUUUUCCCACCUUUCCUUACCUCUGAAAGCAGGAAACUGCUUACCUAUACCUUGGUUAACCCUUUGCCUUCUGGACAGAGCUUCCUUUAAGGGGGUUUCAGGUAUAUUUUUGCAGAUGUUUAACAAGAAUUUGCUGAGCCUCUAUGAUUAAAAGAAGCCGGCAAUAUAGUUUAAAAAGCAUUGAGGAAAUGCAAACCUCUGCAGAUAGCCUGGAAUUGUAUGGUUAUAAGCUUGAUGUUCUGUGAUAUGGAGUCGUUUGUUACAGGGUAAUAUGUAGGAUGCAACAGAAUCAACCAACCUGUUUAAAGUCAGCAAUAUACCCUCUGCCUAAAGUAAUAUUUGUGUAUGUGUGUGUAUAUAUAUGUAUAUAUAUAUAUAUAUAUAUAUAUAUAUAUAUAUAUAUAUAUAUAUAUAUAUAUAUAUAUAUAUAUAUAUAUAUAUAUAUAUAUAUAUAUAUACACAUACAUAUAUAUACAUAUAUACAUAUAUACACACAAAUAUAUGUAUACAAAUCUCAAUAUACAGGCGCAUUUUGGGUUAUGUGGCCACAAAUUAUUGCUCAGGGAUCUUGGCAUUCUUUUCAUUACUUAGUCUUUCUGACAAAGGUGCCAUGGUCCUCUGCAGAGCCAGCAAUUAAUAGUCACCAUUCAGCUUGAUUUUGUGCAAGCAGUGCACAAAAUCACAUCCCAGUAAUAAUUAUUGAACUCUAUGGCAAGUUGCCUUUCAAGUUUGUGUUUGUAGAGAAAUAUUUGGCACCUGCAUAACCAAGGCAGAGCUCCAGACUUAUUAUUUCUGUUUGAUGUAAACCUGAGGUUACCAGAUUAUGUGAUAAUAUGGGGACUACAAAAUCCAGCAACCUGCAUUUAUUAGAAUCAUCCUUCAUUUUCAGGUGAUCUGGUAACCCUAUUAUAGACAUAUUAAACAGUGGGCCUCUGGACUCAUUUCUGGAGAAGAAUAGCCUGGUUCUGUUAACCCCAUUAUUACUAGAACAGCCUGUAAUCAAGUGCUGAUUCUCUGCCAUUAAAGGGUUACAAAUGUCCCUGUGGGCUUUAAUAUGAUUUGGUUCUUCCUAGACAAGUGUUACAAAUUUUGAUCAGUAGUUUAUCAGUCUUUCUAAUAGAAGACACAGGUAAUCAAUAAACUUUUUGUUGAUGGAAGACUACAGUAAAUUCUACUUCAUCCAAUCCUCCAAGACAAAUGUUUUAAUUUUAUCUCAAUCUAAAGGGCUUCACUUAAUUUUAGUGGCCAUGAAUAAGAGAUUAAGUGAGAUUCUUUAGAUUUUGUUGCUUAAAUCUCACCUGUGCUGUAUUUUGUCCACAGUGUGCUGUUACAGCUUCACCUUUGUCUUGUCAUGUGGCCUAACCCAGUCUGGAGUUUCUUCCAUAACACCAUUUAUUGUGUGUUUAAAGCUACCUCGGUGAAAGCUCGGAUGCAGGUUGGAAUCUGCUGCCUGUGCAAUGCAUUCUGGGCUUCAUAGUCCAGUUCUGAAAUAGAAUUAUUUGGGGGGAGGGAUGAUAAUAGUUAUACGAUAUUUUGUCAUUCCUUUAUAUUUUUUUUUUCCUUUAAAUUAUUAUCUCCAGUAAGGAAAUGGUGUGAGCAGUCUACUGGCCCCGAGGCACGGUUACUGUGUAUAUUAAAUCUGGCAACAUAUUAAGCCCUUCAGUGCCAAAGGACCUGUCCUGCGGGUCUCGGGCAGUGAGGGAGUUGGAGGUCUUUCUGUUUGUGGUCUGGUAUUUGGUUUAUAUCCAUCUCAGGUCUGAAAUGGUAAGGUUUGCAAACCCAUUGUAAACCAUACCAGUUACGUUGGUAACAUGAUCCCAAAAUAAACGAGAAAAUAAGUUGGGCUUCAGUUUUGCUAUUUAUGUUUAGUUUCAGAGGGGCUUGCACUGUAUUGCUUGUUAAAACAAUACACUUGUAGCCUAUUUUGCUCUGAAGGAUUUAAAGAUUUACCCUGGUAGCUAUGAAGUUUUGGGGCUAUACACCAAUUACUGCUCCUUAUGGUUGCAUAAUAGUUGUAUACCCUGUUUUAUUCUAAACUUUGUGUCUCUCAGGUGGGUAGAAGGAAAUCCUUUUUAUUUUUCCAAACAUCCUGAAAUCACAGCCGCAAGGAAAAGCCCUAAGGGUGUUGGGUGUUAGGUUCUCACUUGGCUCCCUCCCCCAUGGCUGUAUGGAAUCCCACCCACUUGGAAUACAGUCUAUAAAUACCUCUGGUCAGCAGUUCGGACUCCAACUUAUUUAUAUUUGGAUAUAUUAUGUAUGUAUGUAUGUAUGAGUGUCACUUUGUCUGUCCACAUUUGUGGAUGAGUCUGUAUGCAAAGAAAACAUAGCUGGGAACUUACUUAAGCAAUAUCUGUGCGUGUAAAGUGACAACUGGCCAUCACUCUUUUUAGGUAAUAUUACACACAUCACCUCGUUGCUUCUAGUAUUAUGGUGGUUCUUGAAGAAAUAUCCACCGCAAAGCAGGCCAAGUUUUUUUUUUUUUAUUUCUUUCACAGUGCUUCAUUAACAUCAUGGUCCCUUGUUUUGUAAGAAAACAAUGAGUGACAUCCCUUGUAGGCCCUAUAAAUGAGUUUUUAAACUUAAAUAUUUUAAAUAUGUUGCCAAAUAACACCAAGUUAUACAUUUGCCACCAAUUCUGCAACGUGACACCUUACUUUCUGAUCGCUUUCAUUCUCGUCAAUCUACAAGGAAUUUGAGUAUAGUGAAUAAAGUGUUGUUUACGUUAGACCUAAA